UCUGUCCCGCGGUCCGUGCCGGGCCAUGGCGGAGCCCCCGCGGGGUGCGGGGCCGGCGCUGGCGCUGCGGGCUCGGCUCAGCUUCGCGUGCGGGCACUUCCUGAACGACUCGUGCUCCGCGCUGUGGUUCACCUACCUGCUGCCCUUCCUGCACGCCGUGCUGGGCUACGGGCACGGCGCGGCCGGGGCGCUGCUGCUGGCCGGCCAGGCGGCCGACGGGUUCUGCACGCCCCUGCUCGGCUUCGAGGCCGACCGGGCCCGCGGCUGCGGCCGCUGCGGGAGGAGGAAGGGCUGGCACCUGGCCGGCACCACCUGCGUCCUCGUGUCCUUCCCCUUCGUGUUCAGCCCCUGCCUGGCCUGCAGGGAGGGCACUCCACAGUGGGCAGCCUUCAUCUACUACCUCCCCUUCAUCGUCAUCUUCCAGUUUGGCUGGGCAGCCACGCAGGUGUCCCACCUGGCCCUCAUCCCCGAGCUGGUGAGCAGUGACCAUGAGAAGGUGGAGCUCACGGCUUUCAGGUAUGCCUUCACCGUCAUGGCCAACAUCACUGUGUACGGCCUGACCUGGCUCCUGCUCAACUUCCAGACCGACCAGCCUGACCACAUGGAGCACCUGGGCCCCCAGGACGUCCCUGUGUUCCGGAACCUGGCCCUCAUCGUGGUGGGGAUGGGGGCCGUGUCCUCCCUCAUCUUCCACCUGGGCACCAAGGAGAAGCCGAACCCGCCGGCUGUGCUGCCCGACCUGGACGAGACCACCCCCCUGAUGCACAAGGAGCCCCUGAGGAGCCCGCUGAUGCUCUGGAAGGACUGGCUGCUGGAGCCCUCCUUCUACCAGGUGGCAGUGCUCUACAUGGCCACCCGCCUCAUCGUCAACCUGUCCCAGACCUACAUCGCCAUGUACUUGACCAACUCGCUGCUGCUCUCCAAGAAGUACAUCGCCACCAUCCCCCUGGUCAUGUACGUCAGUGGGUUCCUCUCCUCCUUCCUCAUGAAGCCUGUGAACAAGUGGAUUGGUCGGAAUCUGACCUACUUCGCGGGCAUCCUGGUGGUCCUGGCCUUCGCCUCCUGGGUGGCCCUGGCCAGCCCCGUGGGGGCUGAGAUCUACGGAGCGGCCGUGCUGCUGGGGGCUGGCUCUGCCACCAUCCUGGUCACCUCCCUGUCCAUGACCGCGGAUCUCAUCGGCACCAACACGCACAGCAGCGCGUUUGUCUACGGCGCCAUGAGCUUCACGGACAAGAUGGCCAAUGGCCUGGCUGUGAUGCUGAUCCAGAACCUGCACCCCUGCCCGACUGAGCUGUGCUGCGCCGCCUGCGUUGGCUUCUACCGCUGGGUGAUGGUGCUGGUGACUGGCGGCAUCGCCGUGGCCGCCGUGGCCACGCUCUGCUGCAUCAUGGUGUGGCCCAUCCGCGUCCGCUACCGUGCUGUCCGGCUGUGGGGGAUGAGCAGACCUGGGACCCCCGACAGCAGAACUGAGAGCACUGAGGGAGGGGGCCAGAGCGGCACCAUCAACUGAGCCGUGGGGCCACGUCCUCGGCCACCGUGUCCUCAGGGCCGUGUCCUCGGCCACCACAUCCUCGGCCACCGCGGUGCCACACUCCGAGUCGGGAAGAUCCCCCCGGCUGGGGGACACCAGGCUCUGGGGAGGGGAGGGACCGACCCCCGCCCUGUCUCCUUGCACUGGACUCGUGUCCCCACAGCCUGUCCCCCCGGGCCGAUGAAGGAUGUCCCCGGUGAGGGUGUCACCGGUGCGGGACAUCACCGGCCACCCGCACACCCAACUCUGAAGGGCCCGGGCUGGGCUGGGGCAGCCCCAGCUCGGGAAGGGGGGGGCCAGCCCGAGGUUUUAACCUGCUUUUGUAAGGUCAGUACGUACAAACCGCACUUUAUAAAGGAGGAGGAAAAGGA